AUGGCUGCCGAGUCGAGCUAUCCCCUGCAACCCGCGCGCAAGCCAUCGAUCUCCUUUGGUCCUCCGCGCUUCGGGUCCAGUACCGAGAUGCUUGAGCUGCCUUCGCCCACUUCAGUCGACGAAGGCUUACCUCCCAGCCGGCCAUUCAGCCGCGUCUCCAACCGUCUUCGUCGAAGUCUCUCCAGUCGUCUGCCCAGCCUUCGCGAGCGCAGCCAUGAGACGGACCGGGAUAACUGCCCGAGCCCUGUGGAGUCCAUCAACCCUAUCACGCCCGAGUACCUUGCCUACCUGGCUCAUUGCCCCGGGAGCGACCCCAUCGACACCAUUGAGGAGUGCUCUCUCGAGGUGCAACAGCGCUGUGGGAGGCAGCUGAGAAACGAGGAAAAUGGCAACCUGACAAUGGACAUGGUCACACCUUCCGGCUCGUCAGCUCACAGCUAUCUCGAAGGAGAGAAUGCUUCAAUGCAAGAGGCGUGUACAGUCGACCAAGCGCAUGGGCAAGUCAAAGGUGACAAUGCGAGCUUCACGUCCUCCGUCUACGACCAGGAAAAUUCGCCACAAGAAGGCAUCGACGCGCCGAUAACGCCCCCCGUCGGGACUGUCUUUGCAAGCGAAGACCUCAGCAGAUACAGUCGUGCAAACGACAAUCUAGACAACCUCAUGUCCGAAUAUGAAUCGCGCAAUGAGAGCGUCGAAGAGGUUGUCCAUCCGGCGGCCGCUGAUGCGGAGCUUGCGGAUCAGGGCUGGCAUAGCUUUGUCGUCUCCAUGACGGCCACGCCGGCUACAUCUAAGAAGGUGCCAACAUCCUCACCAGAGUCGAUCGAAGAUUGGAAACGCAGUGUGCGGCAGGGGAGCUAG